AUGGAUCCGAACAUGGCCGGACACACCGGGGCCAGCCCGUUCCUGGUGUCGCCGUCCACGGGGCGCGCCAUGACCCCCUCCGCGUCCUACUCCGGCGGCGUCGAGGACGGGAAGCCGGCGGCGGGGGACGCGGGCGCCGAGUUCGUGCUGGAGUCCAAGGGCACGUGGUGGCACGCGGGGUUCCACCUCACCACCGCCAUGGUGGGCCCCACGGUGCUCACGCUGCCGUACGCGCUCCGCGGCAUGGGCUGGGCACUCGGGCUAUCGGCGCUCACCGCCGUCGCCGCCGUGACGUUCUACACCUACUACCUCAUGUCCCGCGUGCUCGACCACUGCGAGGCCGCCGGCCGCCGCCACAUCCGCUUCCGCGAGCUCGCCGCCGACGUCCUCGGGUCCGGGUGGGUGUUCUACGCGGUGCUCACCGUGCAGACCGCCAUCAACGCCGGCAUCACCAUCGGCAGCAUCCUCAUCGCCGGCAACUGCCUCCAGGUGCAGAUUAUGUACGAGAGCUUGGCGCCGAAUGGUACCCUGAAGCUGUACCACUUCAUCAUCAUCGUCGCCAUCGUACUGUCUCUCUUCUCGCAGAUGCCGUCAUUCCACUCGUUGCGGUAUAUCAACCUCGGGUCCCUAGUCCUCGCCUUCGGCUACACCAUCCUCGUCUCCGGUGCAUGCAUUCGGGCAGGUAUGAUGAGCAAUGCUCCGGUGAAAGAUUACUCGUUGAGCCCAUCAAAGUCCGGGAAGAUGUAUAACGCCUUCCUCUCCAUCUCGAUCCUGGCCACCGUGUUCGGCAACGGCAUCCUGCCUGAGAUCCAAGCCACCCUGGCGCCACCAGCGGCGGGGAAGAUGGUGAAGGCGCUGGUGUUGUGCUACACUGUGGUCUUCUUCACCUUCUACCUAUCGGCCAUCUCUGGCUACUGGGCCUUCGGCAACAAGGUGCAGUCCAAUGCGCUACAGAGCCUGAUGCCGGACUCGGGGCCCUCUCUGGCACCGACAUGGCUCCUCGGCCUCGCCGUCGUGCUCGUCCUCCUCCAGCUCCUGGCCAUUGCGCUGGUGUAUUCGCAAGUGGCCUACGAGAUCAUGGAGAAAGGGUCGGCAGACGCGGGCCAUGGAAGGUUCUCAUGGCGGAACCUGGCGCCGCGGGUGGCGUUGCGAACCUUGUACGUUGCUGCGUGCGCAUUUGUGGCGGCGGCGCUGCCGUUCUUCGGUGAUAUCGUGGGCGUGGUCGGCGCCUUGGGGUUCAUCCCGCUCGACUUCGUGCUCCCCGUCGUCAUGUACAACAUGGCGUUGGCCCCGCCUAAGAGGUCGGCGGUGUACGUAAUCAACGUGGCGAUCAUGGCCUUGUUCACCGGUGUUGGGAUCAUUGGCGCCAUUGCGUCCGUGCGGAAGCUUGUGCUCGACGCCGGACAGUUCCAGUUGUUCAGUGACCAUGUCGUCAGCUGA